UUAAAAUCCGGUUCGAGCAUCAGAAACUGAAAUACUUUUACACUGAAACGGAAUACGCAUAUGUGAAUAUAUAUAUUUUUACAGCUAGUCAAGUUAUAAAAACAAGGACAAGAUGACUCUGAAAAUGCCACUGUGUACCAAGGAGGACCUCAGUGAGGCGGUGAGGCUGCGGAAGCGUGCGCAGUACGAGGAAGAGCGUAAGGGUCGCAUCUUUAAUGCCAGGCAACGGUUAUUUGGACUCGAUCUGGAUACAUUGGAGCGUCAGAUUUUGGAGAAAAAGAAACAAAACAAUGAACAGCGGGAAUGCGACAAGCGCUAUGAAGAGCAGGAACAACUUCAGAAGCGCCUAAUAACAGCCAAGGAAAAGGAGCUGGAGAAGGAAAAACGCAUUGCGGACUCCGAUCUAAACUAUUAUCGCUGCCGUUAUCAGCGUUUGGAUCAGCGUCGCGAAUUUGAUCUUAAUGAUCCAAACUUUCUCAAGAAAGCAAAGCCGGCUCGCAUAGCCGACGAUGACAUAAUGCUUGGCGUCUCCAGUGCACAGAUCUUUAUUGGCGAGGAUCUGCAUAGGGGUGAUCGACAGGUGAGACAGCGUGAGCAACAGCGCGCCUGGCUGGAUCAGCAGGUCAUGGAGCGUAAGCAGGCAGAGGACGCACGUCGCAAGGCCGACAAUGUGUAUAUGGAGAGUGUGCAGUGCCGCGAUAAGCAUCUCGAGGAAAUGGCCAAGUCGGAUCAUAACAUGCGCCAUCAAAUCAUACACAAGAUACGUCAGUACAACAUCAAUCUGGCCAAGCAGAAGGAGGUGAAUCGCCAGCGUUCCAAGCGUGAGACAUACGAGGACGAUAUGGCAGAGAUUUACAAUAUGCUGUCUAGCGAUAUGUUGACCGAGAAUCCGGACGUUGCUCAAUCACGUCUUAAUCCAAACAAAAAGAUUGCAUUCAUGUAUCGGGGCAUGACUCCCGACGAACUGGUGGAGUUCCGCAAGGGGCAGGAGCAGCAGUUGGCCGAUACGCUUCAGCGCAAGACCGAGGUUCAGCUGAUGAACAAACAGUGGGAACAAUAUGCCAUAAACAUGGAUCGCACACUCAAGCUCAAGCAGAUUGAAAUGGAUCGCAAACACAAGCAGCAACUGGACGAUCUAGUACGCACCAACGCCAAACUGGCUGUCGAGCAGGACAAACAACGCAAGGAUGCACUAGCACAGCUUAGCAAUGCCGUCACCGAUGAGUUCUAUGAUCAGUUCAACAAGACCUCACGUUAGUUGGUCUGAGCUCGU